AUGGCGGAGAUCAAGAUCGACAGCAAGCUCUUCCAGGAGCGCCUCUCGCACUUCGUCACUGCCUGGAAGAAUGACCUCCGUGCCAAGGAUGGACUCUUUGGCGGCGUCUCGUCCUUCGUCAUCAUGAUGGGCAAGGUCGAGGAGGUUCCCGAAUUCCACAAGAACAACGCCGUUCACUUUUGGCUUUUGGGCUACGAGUUUCCGACGACCCUGAUGCUCUUCACCGUCGACACCCUCUACAUUCUCACUACGGCAAAGAAGGCAAAACAUCUUGAACAGCUCAAGGGCGGUCGUUUCCCCAUCGAGGUGCUUGUUCGAGGCAAGGAUGCAGCCGAAAACGAGAAACUGUUUGUCACUAUUGCAGACAAGAUCAAAGAAGCGGGGAAAAAAGUCGGCGUCAUCUCCAAGGACACGUCCAAGGGCCCCUUCGUCGAUGAAUGGAAGAAGGUGUUUGCCGAACACUGCAAAGAUGUCGAGGAGGUUGACAUUUCUACUGCUUUGUCCACUCAUGCCUUCUCCAUCAAAGACGAAAGCGAACUACGAGCGAUGCGAACGGCUUCCAAGGCUUGCGUGGCCCUCAUGACGCCCUACUUCCUCGACGAAAUGUCCAACAUUCUCGAUGCCGAGAAGAAAGUCAAGCACUCCGUUCUAGCCGACAAGGUCGAUAAGAAGCUCGACGAUAACAAUUUCUGGAAGACUGUUGAGCUCCCCAGCAAAGGCAAGCUGCCUUCGGACCUCGACCCCGCGCAGCUGGAUUGGAUCCUGCCCCCCUCCAUUCAGAGUGGUGGUAAAUACGAUCUGCGAUUUUCUACCGACCCAAAUGACGACAACCUACAUGCUGGCAUCAUCAUUGCCGCCCUGGGUUUGCGUUACAAGUCAUACUGCUCAACGAUUGCGCGAACGUACCUCGUAGAUCCCAAUAAGUCUCAGGAGAGCAACUACAAGCUCCUUUCGAUGGUGCACAACACAAUCAUCAAGGAGAUCCGCGAUGGCAUGACUGCGAAGGAUGUCUACGCCAAGGCGUUGGGUGUCAUCAAGAGCAAGAAGCCAGAAAUGGAGAAGCACUUCUUGAAGAAUGUCGGUUGGGGUGUUGGCCUUGAGAACAGAGACCCUACUCUUGUACUAAGUGCCAAGAACCAGCGAGUUCUCAAAGACGGAAUGACUUUGAUCAUCAAUACUGGAUUCCAGGAUAUUGAGAACCCACAGCCUCAAGACAAGAACAGCAAGAUUUACUCACUAGUUCUGACUGAUACCAUUAGAGUGACAGCUGCUGAGCCGGUCGUUUUCACUGCUGAGGCGCCGACAAGCGCCGACGCCAACUCAUUCUUCUUCAAGGAUGAUGAGGAGGCACAGCCCACUCCCAAGAAGGAGAAGAAGGAUUCCAGAGUAGGCGCGGUCGCCACUAAGAACAUUACCAGCACUCGCCUUCGCUCCGAGCGGACUACACAAACGGACGAUGAUGCAGACAAGAAGCGUCGAGAGCAUCAGAAGGAACUGGCUGCCAAGAAGCAGAAGGAGGGCUUAGCCAGAUUCUCCGAGUCAACCAGUGGGCAAAAUGGCGGAGAGGUCAAGAAAUUCAAGCGUUUCGAGUCAUACAAGCGGGACAAUCAGUUCCCCUUGAAGAUCAAGAACCUUGAGAUUAUCGUUGACUCAAAGAACAGUACUGUCGUUCUCCCCAUCAUGGGACGGCCUGUCCCGUUCCAUAUCAACACCAUCAAGAAUGCCAGUAAGAGCGACGAGGGAGAAUUCGCCUUCUUGCGGAUAAACUUCCUGUCGCCCGGCCAGGGUGUCGGUAGAAAGGAUGACCAGCCCUUUGAGGACGCAUCCGCCCACUUUGUUCGCAGCUUGACAUUCCGAUCGCUCGAUGGAGACAGAUAUAGUGAGAUAGCUACUCAGAUCUCGAACCUGAAGCGCGACGUCGUCAAGAAGGAGCAAGAGAAGAAGGAUAUGGAAGAUGUGGUGGAGCAAGACAAGCUGGCGGAAAUCAGAAACCGACGCCCGGCUGUGUUGGACAACGUGUAUAUCCGACCAGCCAUGGAGGGCAAGAGAGUGCCUGGAAAGGUCGAGAUACACCAGAAUGGUAUCCGUUACCAGUCUCCUCUCAAUGCUCAGCAUCGCGUGGAUAUCCUCUUUUCAAACGUCAAGCACCUCUUCUUCCAGCCUUGCCAGCACGAGUUGAUUGUCAUCAUCCACAUCCAUCUGAAGGACCCCAUCAUUGUGGGUAACAAGAAGAAGACGAAGGAUGUACAGUUCUACCGUGAAGCAACCGACAUCCAGUUUGAUGAGACUGGUAACAGAAAGCGAAAGUACCGCUAUGGAGACGAGGACGAAUUCGAGGCUGAACAAGAGGAGCGCCGUCGCCGCGCCGAAUUGGACAGGCUAUUCCAAGGCUUUGCUCAGAAGAUUGCCGAAGCCGGUCGCAAUGAGAACAUCGAGGUUGAUAUGCCCAUCCGGGACCUCGGAUUCAACGGCGUGCCUUUCCGCAGCAACGUCUUCAUUCAGCCAACUACCGACUGCCUCAUCCAGGUUGUUGAGCCCCCAUUCAUGGUCAUCACCAUUGAAGACAUUGAAGUCGCCCAUCUAGAGCGUGUCCAGUUCGGUUUGAAGAACUUUGACAUGGUAUUCGUCUUCAAGGACUUUACACGUGCUCCAUAUCACAUCAAUACCAUUCCCGUCGAAUUCCUCGACCAGGUCAAGGAUUUCUUGGAUUCUUCAGACAUUGCCUUUACCGAGGGUCCUCUUAACCUCAACUGGCCGACCAUUAUGAAGACAGUUAACCAAGAUACCCACCAGUUCUUCGUCGAUGGUGGUUGGUCGUUCCUGCAGGCCGACUCGGACGAUUCCGGUGCCGAAGACGAGUCUGAGGAAGAAUCGGCCUUUGAGAUGGACGACGAGGAGAUGGAUGAAGUGUCUGAGUCCAGCGAGGAAGAUUCCGACUUUGGUAGCAACGCCAGCGACGAUGACGAUGAUGAAGAGGCCGACAUCGAUAGUGAGGAUGAGGGCGAAGAUUGGGAUGAGAUGGAGAAGAAGGCCAGGAAGCGCGACCGUGAGGGUGGCCUGAAUGAUGACGAAGGCCGUGGAAAGAAGUCACGCAAGCGAUAA